GCUUCCUGUCUCGUGUUUCCAAGGGACUCCAAAGUGACACCGGUCACUGAGGGCAAGGUUGUGGAGCGUUUGUGACCGCAGAUUAGUGCACGGAUAUUCACUCACUUGUGCAGUUAGCCUCACCUUCUUCCAUGGCGCCUUCUUGCGGCCUGCGGUUCUGAGCGCCCACGUCUGUCUUCUCGCAGGUCGGGAGAGGGCCAUGGAAGUGCCGCCGUUCGCGCCGCGGAGCUUCCUUUUCAGGGUACUGAGUCCUUUCCCCCGAGUCUUUGCGGCCGAAGCUGUGGCUGCCGAUUCGGAGGCUCUUGCCGAGGAUAAGAAGCUGCCUCCCUUCGUCCCCAAACCCCAUUACCCGGAAUCCGGAUGGGACCGCCUGCUGGAGCUGUUUGUCAAAGAUGAACAGCAGAGAACUUCAAAGGAGCUUGACAAUAUCUGUAGGGCAGCAGUUUCAGCAGGCAUCAUUGGCUGGGUUUAUGGGGGAAUACCAGCUUUUAUUCAUGCUAAACAACGCUACAUUGAACAGAGUCAAGCGGAGAUUUAUCAUAACCGGUUUGAUGCAGUGCAAUGUGCACAUCGUGCUGCCACACGAGGCUUCAUUCGGUAUGGCUGGCGCUGGAGUUGGAGAACUACAGUGUUUGUGACUGUAUUCAACACAGUGCACACUGGUCUAAAUGUGUACCGAAAUGAAAAUACCCUGAGCCAUUUUGUCAUUGCAGGAGCUGUCACAGGAAGUCUUUUCAGAAUAAACUUAGGCCUGCGUGGCCUGGUGGCUGGUGGUAUAAUUGGAGCCUUGCUGGGCACUCCCAUAGGAAGCCUGUUGAUGGCACUCCAGAAGUACUGUGGUGAGACUGUUCAGGAGAGAAAACAGAAGGAUCGAAAGGUGCUCCAUGAGCUGAAAAUGGAAGAGUGGAAAGCCAGACUACAAAUUACUGAGAUCUUCCCUGAAGAAAUUGAAAGUAGCUUACAGAAAAAUCAAUAUGAGGAUGAUGUGAAGAAAAUUGAAGUGCUGCUGAAUCUUCCUAGAAAUGCUUCAGCAAGGGAUACCCAAGACAAGGACUGAAAAUGCUCUGGACUCAAAACUCACUGGAGAGUUGAAAGGAGCUGUGUUGCCAUGUCUAUUGAAUGCCAGCAGUCAGGCCACUCUUUUGUCAGCCUGCUGACAAAUGUAAGCACUGGUACCUGUGGUGGCAAUGAUUUGCUCUUAUCUUUUUUUUUUUUUAAACCAAGAAAGGGACUAUUGUACUGUCACUUUAUUUAUCCUUAGAUUUAAAAAACACCCUUAUAUCCAUAUUAAUCUAUCAAUCUACAUAUAUGAGGGUACUUCAAAAAGUUCAUGGAAAAAUGGAAUUAAAAGAUAAUACAGUUCUUUCCAUGAACUUUUUGAAGUGCACUCGUGUGUGUGUGUGUGUGUGUGUGUGUGUGUGUGUGUGUGUGUAGAUAGCGAUAUAAAUAUAUUUCUCUUCCCCUGGAUUUUACAGUAGUAAAUAAAACAUUUUCCAAAAGAUUAAAGUCAAAUUCUACAGGUAAUAUAUUUAUUCAUGUAGUACUUUAAAAAGAUACUUUAGGAGAAGAGGAAAUAACCAGACAAGGCAAAUGGUCUGUGAAACCCUUGUGCCCUUGGAUCCUGGAAGUAGUAUGGGCCUAAAUGUGUAGCAGUGUUUCAUUUUUUUUUAAUAAAAAUCAAAGAUGAUUCUUGUGCAAUUUGAAAUAAAAUAUAAAUUUAACAAAAAGGAAGUAGAUGAGCAUUAUUAAAGAAACAGUCCAAAUUUGUUUUUCUCUCUUAGAAUUGCUGACAAACUAUCUGUGCUGUAGUAUGCAGGAGUUACUUGGAAUAGAUACGUAGUCCCUGUACUGCAGGAGCUUGCUGCCUGAGAAGGAAGCUGUCUUGCAGAUUUUAACUGUUAGUAAAUGAGAAGGAAACAAAUGACAAGUAUAUUGAGGGGAAAAAACUACUAGUAUUUUAUUUUGAUGUUAGACUUGUUUAUACGUGGAGAAUACUGUUUUUCCACAGGAAUAAGUUCGUGAAGAGCAUAGUGUAGUACUUAAAACCAUGGGCUGUUGAGGGAGACCACUGGCUCUGAAUCCUAACCAUGUGGCCUAGCAGCCAUGUGACCCAAAGCAAAGCCUCUCACUUGGCAAAAGAAAUAAUAUCUAUGAGGGUACUUCACAAAGCUCAUGGAAAGAUUGUGUUAUCUUUUAAUUCUACUUUUCCAUGAAAUUUUUGAAGUACCCUUGUACCUCAAAGUGUGUUGGGGCGUUGAGGCCACACACCUCCUCCCGGGGCAGAGAACUAGCCACGACCCCACCCACAUACGCGUAUGUAAUCUGUUGAAAAUAUUCACCUGGACAGGAGAGAGAAAGAUGCGCCUGACGGAAGCCGCCGGGAGUGGCCGGGAAAAGACAUAGUUUAAAAUUAUUGGAUAAAAGAUAUUUCCACGCUCGUGCUCACCUUGUGAUUGCAAUAGCAAAGCAUUAGAGCAAGAUGCAUGUUCACAUGACCUUUAAGAUGAUAGGUUGAAGUUAGGAAAUCCCCUUGCCAUAUGCUUAUAAAAGCAGGUGCUUGUGUGAAAAUAAACGGAACUGCUUGACGGAA